AUGACUGACACUGAGUUCAACUACGUUCACAGGCUGGCUGAGGACUAUCUGAAAUAUGUGUUGCAGAUACAGCAACCUGGAUCCAGGCCAAGCAAAACAUCCAGGGUGUUACAAGUCAUGGCUUCCUCUGUCCAGAACGAAGUGGAGAGAACGCUGAAGAAGUGCUUGGAUAAGUUUGAUGUGGUGUCCAUAGACACUGCCAGAAGAAUAUUCAACCAAGUGAUGGAAAAGGAAUUUGAAGAUGGCAUUGUUAACUGGGGCAGGAUUGUAACCAUAUUCGCCUUUGCAGGUAUUCUUAUCAAGAAACUUCCAGGCAAGUGUAUUGCCCCAGACAUGGACAUGUGCAAGGACAUUUCUUACUUUGUGGCGGAGUUCAUCACCGAAAACACAGGAGAAUGGAUAAGGCAAAAUGGAGGCUGGGAAAAUGGUUUUGUAAAGAAGUUUGAAACCAAAUCUGGCUGGCUGACUUUUAUGGAAGUUACAGGAAAGAUCUGUGAGACAUUAUGUCGCCUGAAGCAAUACUACUGA